AUGUAUCUCUCGGGUCGAGUCAUCGACUCCACCGCCUCUUGUGCGCAACGGCCGCCUACUCCCCACUCCACGGGCGUCCAGUCUCAGCCACGACCAUCCAAGAGCCGGAUGGGCGGAAGAGGCAGAGAUCUUAUGUCCCAUAAUUCAGACCGAGUUCAGGAUCUUCAUUGA